AUGGAAGCAGCAAGCAUAGUUUUAUCCCCUGCUUUGCAAGUGAUCUUUGACAGAUUGGCCUCCCCAGCCUUAGAAGCACUUGCUGAUAUCUGGGGUGUUGAGGACAACCGCGACAGCCUACAAGAUUCAUUAAAAAGGGUUCAAGCUAUUCUUCAAGCUGCAGAGGAUCAACAAUUAACCAACAAAUAUGUUAGGCUUUGGUUGUCAAACCUCAAGAAUGCUGCUUCUGAUGCUGAGGACCUUCUGGACAAAUAUGUGAGUUUGUUCCAAUCAUCCAAAACCAUCAGGUUUGCUGAGUUUUUAACUAAACCUUUCUAUCCAAAAGCUGAAAAAAUUAAAAAGACAAUCCACAGAUUAGAAAAGACGAUAAAUGAGGGACUCUCGACAUUUAAUUUUAGAGAGCCUAGCAUAGGAGAUCGACGAUCUAUCCAAAGGGAGACUGACUCUUGCGUCGACGACUCAAAGAUAUAUGGAAGAGAUGAUGAGAAAGAGAAGUUAGUCAAAUUGUUACUGUCUUUGGAAACUUCCCCGGAUGGAUAUGCAACUUGUAUUCCAAUAAUUGGUAUUGGAGGAAUUGGCAAGACCACUCUUACUCAGUUGGCAUAUAACGAUGAGAGGGUAGUCCAACACUUCGACUCUAGAAUAUGGAUUUUUGUUUCUGAGGAUUUCAAUGUCAAGAAGAUUAUGAAGGCAGCCAUUGAGUGUGCAACAGAGGAUGAAUGCAAGUUGUCGGAGAUUGAACUACUUCAGUCUCGGCUUUCAAAAUUGCUACGGAAGAAAAGAUGCCUGAUUGUGUUAGAUGAUGUUUGGACGGAAGACCAGGAUGAUUGGGACAAACUAAGAGCUUUGUUUAGAGGGGGUCUUGAUGGAUGCAAAAUCAUUGUCACCACCCGCAGUCAAAAAAUUCCAUUCAUGAUGGACUUCCCAAAUUCACCAUUUUAUUUAAAUGGUUUGGAGGAUGAUGAUUGCUGGUCUUUGUUCAAGGACCGGGCAUUUCGAUGCGGCGAAGAAGAGAAGUAUCCAAAUCUUACACGGAUUGGAAAGGAGAUUAUCAAAAAAGUUGGAGGAGUGCCGUUAGCUGCAAAAAGUUUGGGAAGCUCAAUGCGCUUGAAAAGAGAAGAAAAACAAUGGUUAUUUAUGCGAGAUUGUGAACUCUGGGAAUCAUGUGAAAGCCAACAUAAAGUUUUCCCUGCCCUGAUGUUGAGUCUACCAGCACAUCUUAGACAAUGCUUUGCAUUCUUCUCAUUAUUUCCCAAAAAUUAUGAGUUCAAGAAGCGGAAGUUGAUUCAUCUAUGGAUGGCAGAAGGCUUCAUUCCAAACGAAGGAAGCAAGCGGCCUGAAGACAUUGGUGAGGAAUACUUUUCCGAAUUUUUGUGGAUAUCUUUCUUGCAAGAAGUAUGGCUACAUGACAGUGGAGAAAUAAUUGAAUACAAGAUGAAUGAUAUCAUUCAUGAUCUUGCACGAUAUGUUGCAGGAAAAGAAUAUGUGGUACUUGAACAGGGUCGGCCACAAAAUUGGCCACCAACAGAGAUUCGCCACGCAUCUGUUGUUUAUCAAUAUGGUGCAAGAAUAAAAAUUCCAGAAACUCUAUAUGAAGCAAAACAUUUGCGAACUCUCUUAUUGAUCGGAGAUUCUGGCUCGUUACAGGACGGAGAUAAAAUUUAUUCAAGUUUUGAAUACCUGCGAGUGCUAGAUCUCAACAACUGUGAUCUUGUUGAUCUGCCAAAUUCCUUGGGUGACUUGAUAUGUUUGAGGUAUCUUGACUUGUCUUGCACGCGCAUCUCCAAGUUACCUGAAAACAUACAAUAUCUCUUUUCUUUGCAAACCUUAAACCUAAUUUGUUGUCAUAAUCUUGAAUCUUUGCCAAUUUUGAAAAGCUUGACCGGCUUAAGACAUCUUAACUUAAGUGGAUGUGUAAGUUUGACAUAUAUGCCUUCUUGUAUUAGAAGCUUACAUCAACUUCAGACAUUGCCACUUUUUGUCUCGGGGAAAUUGCCGAAGGGGAGUGAACCGUAUGUGUGGUUGAGAACAUGGAAUUCCGGGAUUCUCGGUAUGCUGCGUGGUUUAAAUCUUCAUGGGGAGUUGAAUAUUACUCGCUUGGAGAAUAUUGGAUAUGCUACACCAGCAGACGAAGGACAACUGUUCAUGAAGAAAAAUCUUGAGUCAUUGGGAUUAUACUGGGGUUUUAUUCCGGGAUUUAAAGAUUCAUUCGCCAAACCACCUAAUGCCCCAGCUGAAGUAGGUGUCGCAGGACCACAUAUAGCGCUGCAAGCUAAACAACUUAUUAGAUGCCUACAACCACAUGAAAAUCUGAAAAAUCUAGUUAUAAAUGGGUACCCAGGAACCAAAUUUCCUGAUUGGGCUCUCCCAAAUCUUGUCGCUGCUGAUUUCACCAACUGUAGAAGUUGUGAACAUCUUCCAGCCGUUGGGAAUCUUCCGCUACUUAAGACGCUUUCUCUGCAAGGAAUGCAUGGCGUGAAGAGCAUUGGUACAGAGUUCUAUGGUGACGGUACAAACAUAUGGUUUCCAUCACUCGAAGAACUAUCAGUAAGUGAUUUUGCAAACUUGAAAGAGUGGUCAAGUGCAAAUGAUGGAAAUGCAUUUCGUAGAUUGAAGAAAUUAACUGUAAAGAGUUGCCCCAAGUUAGCACAUAUACCAUAACCUCAGUCCCUUCAACAUUUGGAGCUACGGGAAUGUAAUCCUACGAUGGUACCCAUAGCAUAUUUAAGUUUGCUAUCUGUUCUUAUUCUUGACAAAAUUCCAGACCUAGUGUCUCUCCCGGAAGGGCUCUUUGGAUCAGCUAGUCUGUCUUCCUUGAAGAUUGUGUCCUGCCCCAAGCUUCAUUCAAUGCCUUUGGAGAUCCAAAACCUUAGUUCUCUAAAAUCAUUGACCAUUCGUUGGUGUGAAAAGUUGUCCUCUCUACCACGAAGUUUACAGAACUUGAAAGCUCUGGAGUCACUGGAGAUUAGUGGCUGUGGCAGUCUAACAUCCCUGCCAGAUGGUGGAAUUGCAGGUUUGGCUUCACUUCGAACUUUGUCCAUUGAAAACUGCAGUGAGCUGACUUCUCUAUUGUUGAGUUUGGAACAGCUCACAUUGCUUGAGGACUUGACCAUCAUGGACUGUCCAAAACUUGGUUCUUUUCCAGCAGGUGUGCAACACCUCUCCUCCCUUCGAAGUUUGAUGGUUCAGAACUGUCCUUGGUUUGAUUCUCUGCCAGAAGGGUUGCAAAAUGUCAAGACCCUGCACUGCUUGGAAAUUAGUAGCUGCGACAAUCUAACAGCUUUGCCAGAAUGGUUUGAGGAUCUUGCUUCUCUUAGAUCUUUGACCAUAUAUCAUUGUCCAAAUUUGACACUACUGCCACUGGGUUUCAAGCUUCUCACUAAACUCCAGCACCUCUCUAUUCAAGAAUGUCCUAAGCUUGAGGAAAGAUGCAGACAAGGUAGUGGUGAGGAUUGGUCGAAAAUAGCCCAUGUCCCGCAUAAGUACAUUGGAUCACCUCAGGUAAGGCUGUCUAGCGAAGCGAGCACAUCGGGAAGCUCUUCUGUCCAAGGAUCUUCUCAGUAAGAAACUUCUAUUUCAUUGUCAUCAACAAGCUAUUAUCAUUAUGAAUGGAUUGGUG